AUGUUAUCUAUACUAAAAGUAUUUAGACCCCGUCUACCUCCAGUCAAUCCCUGGAGAUCGGUGUCGUUUUAUUCCACUAUCAAGAAGAAGAAACCGAUAUCAGCUAUUGAGAGGUUUAGAAGAUCAACCAAUCAUCCUGAAAAUGAAAAGAACAUACUUCAAUUACUUAACACCAAUGACACUAACGAAAUCUCCAAAUACUUGAAACCAGUCACCAGUAUUACCAUCAGUGAUUCAAUAAAUUUCAAUAAGAUAAUGGAUCAAUUAAACCAAAAGAAUUUAAGUCACAAAGUCAUAGUUCCAGAUGAAGUCAUAAGAGUUAAAUAUGAGUCUAAAGAUAUCUUGGUGUUAUCAAAUGGGACAAUUAUUGGAUGGGAUUUUAAUGAAUUACAAUUGAUUGAAUUACUACCAAUAUUCAAUGGAUCUAUAAGUGAAAAAUAUGAAUUUGAAAGUGAUGAAUUUGAUUAUAUUGAAAUCGAUGAAUUACCUCAAAAUGCUAAGAAUAAUGGUAAUUCUUAUAUGGUUAAUGAUAUAAUAGUUAUACAGAAUGAAUCUCGAACUAAGAAACUUUAUGACAAGAUUGCCUUUUCUAUAGGUAUUUCUAGAUCUACAAGAUUAUCAAUUCUUGAAAACAGUUUAGAAGAUUUCUUGAAAUUAACCAAGCAAAAUUCCAAAAAUUUAGCUAAUGGUUUAAAGAUUACCACCAAUGAAAAGGAUAUCAUAAAAGCUACAGGGAAGUUAUUCUUAUUAAGAGGGAAAUUAAAUUUAUAUAAUGAAUUGAUUGAUACUCCCGAUUUAUAUUGGAGUGAGCCAACUUUGGAAAAAAUUUAUCAAUUGAUUUCGACUUCUUUAGACAUAAAUUCCAGAAUCUCCAUAUUAAAUAGAAAGCUAGAUUAUGCAACCGAAGAACAAAGAGUUUUCUUAAGUCUUGUCAAUGAAAAGAAGAGUACAACAUUAGAAUGGACCAUUAUAGUGUUAAUUACUGUUGAAGUGAUAUUUGAACUGUAUAAGUUCAUUUUUGAGUAG